AUGAUGUUGCAGGCCGUCAAGGCUCAGGAGGAAGAGCACAAGGUGAAGAUGUCCACUGGGAUUGCUCCACCGCCGAGCAGGGAAGUUUCAAAAAAGAAGUCAGCUGCUGGAACCCAAGGGAAGAAACAGACAAAGAAGAAAGCGAAAGGGCCCAUGGACGAGGAUACACAGCUUGCCAUGGCUCUGUCGUCCUCACUUGCUGAUGAGGAGACGAAGAAGGAACAGGCUCUGAUUGGUCAAUUAAAUCUACGAGGAAUUGGCAACAUAGCACAGGGAAAAGACAAAGAGCCAGCAGGGGGCGGGGCGCCACCACCACUGUUACUUCAGUUGUCCAAGACGGAGGCACAGCAGAGAAUAGCGAACAAAGUGACACAAAUAAUUGUGCCCCAGGUGUCUGUUGGUGAACCUUGCUCAACGCCUCCCAUAGUUGACUCAAGAUUGACGGACCUACCUGGGACAAAGGUGUUUGUGGUUGAACAAGAGAACAGUCAGUCAGUCAGUACUUUGUGGCGGAGGACGUCCCUGCACGCCGGUGAUGGUCAAGAUGUCCGGUCCCUGUACUACACCGAGGCCCUGAUGCCACCUGUGCGCAUGUCUGACGUCGCGGUGGGCAGCAAGUUGAAGCAUGUGUCACAGAUCCCAGGCCGGAGGAAAUCCGAGGAGCUGGAACAGAACUGCCAGGAAGGCAUGGUGAUGAGCCAGAGUUCAGAGGAUGUGGCAUCAACGCCUACUGCGAUGUUGCUGGCAGAACUUGCCGCCGAGGCAGGUGACAGCAGCUGUGAUGUGAAGACCGGUGCUGAUGACAACACCGUUGAAGUUCCAGAUGAGGGUGCUGCUGUUACCCCCGACGACCUGAGAGAAGCCAGUGGAUUCUGUCUGGAGGAGCCAGUUCACAUAAACAAGGUGAUGUCAGAUGAGGCCAUGUCUGCUCUACAGAGCCACUACCUGAGUCUGGUGGAUCAGGAACAGUCCUCUGAUGUUGCCAUAGAAACCAAAGACCAGAAUGUUGUACAUGCCCAUCAACUCAUUCUGUCAGUCAGGUGUCCCCAACUGUUGAAGUUGACAAGGCGAGGGGUGGUCCACCUCCUGAACUCCUCUCGUGAUGCGGUGCUCGCAGUGAUUAAGUUUGUGUAUGGUGGUGCCAUCUGUCUGCAGCCCAGUCUCAUCACAGAGGUCAAAGCCCUGGCUCAGCAGCUCUGUGUGACAGAUCUCGCUGCCUACUGUGAAACAGCAAGUCAGGAGUUUCAGCAGACAGACACACAGACAAACAUGCAGACAGACCAACAUGCAGACAUUCAGACAGACAUCCAGACAAAAGAGACGGACAGCCGGGAAUCAAGGUCAUCACACAGGCUUACCAGCAUUGAUGAUAUCUGCCAGGAGAUGUUCAGUGACUCUGACUUUGACCUUGACCCUCAAGGUGAGAAGGGAGCUUGUAAGGAAGGGGGGGGGAGAGUGACGAGGAUGAGUGGAGGGAGGUGUAUUGUUCCCAGCGGCAGCAGCUACAUCGGAGGCAGAGUUUGGGAGAUGUAGUAGUCGAAGAUGAUAU